AUGGCGGCCCUUAGACAUCCCAUUCUCUCACGCUGGCUCUUCUGUGUAUGCGCCCUGGUGUGCGCGGCAGCAGCCUUCCCUCUCCACAACAUAACACUGCCACUGCCGUUAGGAACCACAAACCACGGCACACCCGGGCUGUUGUGCACGCCCACGAAAUGGACCGAUAUCGCGCUUUUCUAUCUCUUCAACUACGUCGCUCACGCUGCUACCGUCUUGACGCGGCCUGGAGAACGGUCCGAUGACUUCUUCGCUUCCGUGGUUGGAAGCCUGCUUUGCCCGACCUUGGGCCUGUAUAGAGGGAUCGAGGCCAUUCUCUGUGGCGCCGUGUUCGCCAGGAAAGAUGACUUGAGGAAGGCGGCGCGGAGCGGGGCGCUUUGUAUGGUGGUCCGAGGGAGAGAUUGGAGGCCCCUAGACGGCGACGAAGCGUCAAAUGGA